GGUCCGAUUCAUCUGAAGAUUGUGGUCUGUAAGCAACAGUGUACCCUCAACCCCCAAACCACGACUCUCGCGCUGAUAGAAUGUCAGGACACGCAUUCACUGACCAGUACCUCUCCGUGGUCAAGAUGAAUGAUAAGAGUUCUUCCCAUCUUCCUUCAAGGAACAGCUGUGAUACUGACCUCCAUAAACUUCACCGUGAUAUCCCUUCUUCCACAACCAUUUAUACGCCUGCACAUCAAACCAGCUCCCCGAGACGACAACCACCCCACGGGGCAGACGCCCAGCCCAAGAUCCAAAUUCGGUCCACAUUUCGCCGGCAAGAUGCCGAAUCACAACGAACCUGCCACCCCUGGAGGAACAAAGGGCGUCGGAAGUUGUAUCGGUUAGGAGUCGUCUUUCUCGUGUACAUUCUGGGAAUAGUGCUCAUCACGGGCUACCGAGUGGCGAACAGCAGAUACAUUCAAGACAAGGAACACCAAGACUUCACGAAAGAUAUCAAUCGCUUUAGGCGUGAUACGGACGAGAAGGCAAUCGGUUUCCCAGUGCUUGAAG